CUGUGUUCCGGUUUUCUGCCACUCAGAAUUCCAGCUCAUCUUCAUCAUCAUCGACAGACAGUGAGGUGGAAAAGAAGAAAAAGAAGAAAAAGAAGAAGAAAAAGAAGAAAAAGGAUUCUAGCUCCUCGUCAUCUUCCUCUUGUGAUAGCUCUUCAUCAUCAUCAUCAUCUUUGGACAGCAAGAAGAAGAAGAAAAAGAAGAAAAUAAAGAAGAAAAAGGAUCCUGGCAGCCCUUGGGUCAGUGAGGCAGACCAAAAACAUCUGUCAUUCAGCCAGACACCCAUUUCACAGAGACAGGAGGAGGCCAGACAUGACCAGAUGGAAUACAGCUGCACUGCGAAAGGUUUACAAGGGGAGCAGGGUGUGAGGCCAGAGGGCACUGGAGGACAGAAAUCCAGCCACUGCAAAGAAAAACAGAAAGAGAAGAAAAAAAAGAAGAAAGACAAGAAAGAGAAGAAAAAGAAGAAAGACAAGAAAAAGGGCAAGGUCUCUGACAGCGGUAGUGAUGAGGCCAACAGGGACCCAGUAAUGGAGGGAGGUGCAACGGCCCAAUGUAUUUGUGAUGGACCUGUCCACGAGGGAUUGAUGGCAGGACACCCAGAUGAUUAUGAGAGAGGAGGAGGCAAGGAGAUAGGGAAAGACAAGAAGUUGGAGAAAAAGAAGGAUUACAGUUCCGAUGAUUCAGAUAGUGACAAGAACAAGAAGAAGAAAAAGAAGGACUCCAGCUCAUCAGACAGUGAAGUUGUGACAAUGAAGAAGAAGAUGAAGAAGAUGAAGAGGAAGAUGAAGAAGAUGAAGAUCAAAAUGAAGAAGAUGAAGACAAAGGACUCUGACAAUGAGGAGGCCAAGAAAAAGAAAGGUAAGAAGAAAAAGAAGUUGAAGAAGAACUCCUCUGACAGUGAAGAAGACAAAAAAAUAAAGGUGAGGAAAAAGAAGAAAAAGCAGAAGCAAAAGGAUACGAAGGUCUCAUCCGACAGCCAGGAAGACAAGAAAAAAAAGAAAGACAAGAAGAAAAAGAAGGAAUCCUCUGACAGUGAAGAUGAAAAUAAGGACUUUUCUGACAGUGAGGACAAUAAGAAGAAAAGGGACAAGAAAAAGGACUCUUCCCACAGCAGUGAUAAGAAGAAGAAGAAGGUGAAGAAAGACAAGAAGGACAAAAAGAAGAAAGACAAUAAGGAUACAAAUACGAAGUCGGACAGACCUGAGAAUGAAACAGACAGAGAGCCGAAAAGGGAGGAGAAAUCCGAAGGUGGCUUGGCAGUGGAAGGCGGGUGCAUGGACACCAAACCGUCUGACACCAAACUGUCUGACACCAAACCGUCUGACACCAAACCGUCUGACACCAAACCGUCUGACACCAAACCGUCUGACACCAAACCGUCUGACACCAAACCGUCUGACACCAAACCGUCCGACACCAAACCGUCCAACCCCAAACUGUCUGAUGAAGGAACAGCCAUUCACCUCAAACCGACCUUGAAGUUGGAGUCCUUGGGUCCUUUGGCGGAUGCCCGACCCAACACUCGCAAUGAGUCCCUGCUAAGUCCCUCGUCAUCUCUCAAUCCCAGGGAUAGUAGCCCCUCCCGUCGACGUCUUAGCCCCAUGGAGACCCUGAUGUGGAACCCAGCCAGGACCAGCCGAUAUAUGCCUCACUGAACAAAGUUGUGACAGGCCAACAGUAGAACAACACUAAUCAAGUUGUGACAGGCCAACAGUAGAACAACACUAAUCAUGUCCAGUGAUUACUGCAAUGCUCUCCUGUCUGGUAUUCAACAAACAGCAAAAUCAGCGACCUCUGCUUCCUUCAGAAGGUCCAAUGGAGAGCAUGUGUAGUACCUGAAUUAGUUGUGUGCUAGUUUUAUAACAAAAAAAGGCUUUGUUGAUUUUAAAAGCAGAUUUUGGCCACCCUAUUACAACAGCCUGUUGGUCCAUCUGAUACUCUUUGAUGGGUUAUGUAGGUUCUUGAAGAUCAUUAAGGUUCUGGCUUCUGUAAGAGCCUGUCAGAGAAUUUUAGGGCCUGAAAAACAAACAUUUGAAGUAAAGAUUUAGCUGUGCUUUAACACUUCUAAAUUUGUAAUAUGUUAACCUUUCUCACAUUGUUAGUAUUACACUCUGAAAUGCAUUCCUUGUAAGAAAUGUGCUCUAAAUAAAGCAAGAUUUUAAUUUGA